GAAAGUAACAGUUCGGACACAGCCCUGUUGCUUCCGGUGGUGAUCGUGGGCGCGAGCUUAACGGUGAUGCGCAGCGCGUGACGAUUCAGAGCAGAAAGAUCGAAAAUCAAAAUCGGAAGAUCAUCAGGAGGAUCUGAAGAGGAGACCAUGACUCCCUCCACCCCCCUCUCAUUGGUCGGCCUCCUCGUCGUCCUACUUAGCCUAGCCUCCUCUCAGACCAUUGAUGCCUCAGUGAAGGAUCUGUCCAGUAAGAACGCAGACUUUGCUGCCAGGCUUUACCGAGCCAUCGCCAGCCGUACUGACGACAACGUCUUCCUGUGUCCUUUCACGGUGUCUGCUGGACUGUUGGCGCUGUUAAGUGCCACCAACGGUCCAACCCAGGACCAGCUGCUGCAGGGACUCACACUGACCGGACUGGACCCUCAGACCAUCCCAGAUGUCUUUCAGAAUCUGAGGAACAACAUCUUGCAGGAGAAUGCAGGUUUUAACUUCCAGCAGGGCAUGGCUGUCCUUCCUGCUCAGAGUUUCUCUGUGUCUUCAUCUUAUGGGGACCUGGUUCAGACAAAGUUCAGGGGGAACGCUCAGAGUCUGCCCUACACAACCCCAUAUGAAGCCAUGGACACCAUUAACCGCUGGGUGGACGAAAAGACUGGAAAACGUAUCCAAGAGCUGGUAUCCAACCUGGACCCCCAAACUCAGCUGCUGAUUACCACCGUGGCCUCCUACCAAACUCAGUUCAGUACGACUUUUAAUUCGUCAUCCACUCAGGACGAGCGUUUCUUCGUGGACAAGUAUCACGUUGUCAUGGUUCCAAUGAUGUUCGGGUCAGGUAAGUACUUCCUGGCAUACGACCGCUCAGUCAAGGCCGGUGUGUUGAAGCUGCCGAUGACGGACGGGGCGGCCAUGUUGGUUGUACUGCCCGAUGAAGACGUGGACAUCACCAGUGUGGAGGAGGAAGUGACGGGAGAGAAGGUCCGGGGCUGGAUCCAACAGCUGAAGAAGACCAAGUUGGAGGUGCAGCUUCCUCGCUUCAAGCUACAGCAGUCUUACUCUCUGAAGGACAUCCUGCAAACUCUCGACAUCACUCAGGUGUUUGAGGACGAUGCUGACACCAGCAAUAUGGGCGGAGCUAAAGGACCGAAGCUCACACAGGUUUUUCAUAAAGCCAUGAUCUCCGUAGAUGAGCAAAGUGGUGAUGCUACUACAGGAGGUGGAGCCACUGAGUUCCGAUCGCUUCCUCCUCGACUGACCUUCAACAGACCUUUCGUCUUCAUCAUCUACCAUGAAAGAACCAACAGUCUGAUGUUUAUGGGCCGAGUGAAUGACCCCUCCAAGUUUCAGUGAUAAGUGACUAUGUCCCGUCCGCCUGGUUGCUGUACCUACACCUGUUGGAUUUUCACAUUUUAACAAUUUAAUCCAAUGACAGCUCGAUUGUGUUCUUAUUUUGUUUACUGCCAGUAUGUAUUACUAAUUUCAGGGUCUGUACCAACAGGAGUGUCAGGAUCCCCCCAAGAUACUCCAAGACAAACAUGAGGGGUCCUGAGGUAAUAGACAGUAAAAACAAAUAUUUACCGCACUGCAUUAUGUUUUACUUCUCAAUCAUUUCUCUGUUCUUGAGCACUUUGUUAAUUUUAUGUUUGUGUCCUGUUACCGACUUGUAAACAUUAUAGUACCAUUAUGUUAUCAUUGUAGAAGCGUCAUAUUAAUAUUAUAUUAGCACUGUGUUAGCUUUAUCCAUGCAGUUACAGUUAUGUUACCAUCAUGUUGACAUUAUGCUAGCAUCAUGUUAACGUUAAGUUAUCAUGUUACUAUUACACUAGCAUCAAGGUAUAUAAUUCUUAAUAUUGUGUGGACAUUAUGUUAAUAUGUUUGCAUCAUGUUAAAACUAUAUUAGUUUAAUGCUAAUAUAGUGUUAGCAUCAUAUUGACAUAAUGUUAGUAUCCUGUUUGCAGUAGCACUAGUCACUAUUAUGUUUGCAUCAUGUUGAUAUGAUCGCAUUAGCAUCACACCUCCCGUCAUUCACUUUGUUUUAAACUGAAAUCAAAACCUGUUGGACAGACUAUGAUGAAUACCCUUUAUAGCGCCACCAUCAGGUCAACAUGUAAACGUAUCCAACCCCUAAAUAUGUGUCCAACACUUACGCCAUUCCUCUCUGCCUCAGCUCUACUUUGUGUUUACUGCUAAUUAGCUAAUGUUAACAUUCUAACAUGCUAAACUCGGAUGAUGACCAUUAUAUCUAAUAAACAUUGGCAUGUCAGCAUUGUCAUUGUGAGCAUAUUAGUUAGCAGAUGUUAUUUAGCUCAGAGCACUGAUGGAAACUAAUAAUGUGGUCUUCUUGACAAUUUCUAAAUAAGUCCAGGAUGUAAAAAUGAGUCCAAAUUAAAAGGAGGGGAGGUCGACCUGGUCUUAACUAACAGAUGAGUUCUUUAGAUCACAGGUCAACACCAUGUUGUUUUAAAGUGUUACAUCAUAGUUUGAUUAACGAGUCAGACACAUUUCAGAUAUAAUACAUGCUUGGUAUUAGUAAAGACAUUUCACAGGACAACACUUAUGAUUCUGUGAAUGUUUGCUUGAGUUAUUUAUUAGCUGAUGCCACCCUUUUGUGUACCUCUUGGAACAUAGUUGUUAAUAUAAGCUAUAACAGCCUCAGUAUUUUUUACCAUGAAAGCAACAAAAAAGUGUCCAGAUGGUAAACUAAUGAAGUAAUGUAACCUUACCCACUGUAGGUGAAAAGUAUGUAACUUUAUUGCACUAUUAUCAGGCAGUGUGAAUUUGUUUAACCUCUCUGUCCUGAAAGAAAACUGAAAGAAAGUCUGAAUACUCAAAGCAUGACUCAUUACUUAUUAUCCUGAAAAACAGAACCUGCUGGGAGAGGUGUGGUGGGUAAUAGAGACGUUUAAAUGUGACCAACAACACUGAAAUACGAAUAACUAAUUAUUUCCGAUCAGCCUCGGCUAGAUUUUUUGUCUCGAGCUAAUUAGCAUGUCAGCAUGACAGCCACUAUGACACCAUAUAUACUGGUUGCAGUUACUGAAAACACUCAUUGUACCGUUGUUUUCUCUGAUAUAGUGUAUUAACAUUAAAACACUGUCAAACAUUUA